AUGGCUGUCGAUGAUGGAAUCUCAAAUCUGCCCUUGGCGGGCUAUCGCGUGUUGGAUAUGACAAGAGUCCUGGCUGGGCCAUACUGUACGCAGAUCCUGGGCGACCUUGGCGCCGAAGUGAUCAAGAUUGAGCAUCCCACGCGGGGAGACGACACGCGGGCAUGGAGGCCACCUUAUGCGUCUUACAGUUCCGACUCACAGCUGCAGGGUCCGGGAGAGUCGGCAUACUUCCUCGCCGUGAACCGCAACAAGAAGUCUCUUGGCCUGUCGUUUCAGCACCUCGAAGGCGUUGAGAUUCUGCACGAGCUCGCUGCGAAAUGCGAUGUCCUCGUUGAGAAUUAUCUACCCGGUAGCCUGGCCAAGUACAACAUGGACUAUGCCACGUUACGCAAGAUCAACCCAGGCCUGAUCUAUGCGAGUAUCACGGGCUAUGGUCGGACUGGCCCGUAUUCCAGCCGGGCUGGCUACGAUGUCAUGGUGGAAGCCGAGUUUGGCCUGAUGCAUAUCACUGGCAGCCGAGAUGGGCCUCCGGUCAAGCUGGGCGUCGCUGUCACCGAUCUGACCACCGGCCUGUACACAUCCAACUCCAUCAUGGCAGCCCUGCUCGCGAGAGGAAAGACGGGAAGAGGUCAGCAUAUUGAUGUGGCUCUCAGCGACUGCCAGACCGCAACGCUCGCCAACAUUGCAAGCAGUUGUCUGAUCAACGGGAAGAAAGACUCCGGAAGGUGGGGGACGGCACAUCCAUCGAUCGUCCCCUACAAGUCAUUCAAGACAAGCGACGGUGAUAUCUUGCUAGGGGGUGGUAAUGACCGCCUGUUUGGAAUCCUGUGUGACGGUGUGGGACGUCCAGAGUGGAAGACGGACCCCAAGUACACAGUCAACGCCCAAAGAGUUGCCAAUCGUGUCGAGCUUGAAGGGCAGAUCGAGGCGAUCACGACCCAGAAGACGACGCAGGAAUGGCUAGAGGUGUUCGAGGGCUCGGGUAUGCCAUAUGCGGCCGUCAAUGACGUGCAGGGAACGCUCCAGCACGAGCACGCGCUUGCGAAGAACAUAGUUGUCGAGAUAGAGCACGACCAAUGCGGUCCCAUCAAGAUGGUCAACACGCCUGUUAAAUAUAGCGAAAGCGAGCCCAGGAUCCGCACUCCUCCUCCGACCUUGGGUCAGCAUACGGAUGAAGUGCUGCGCGAUGUAUUGGGAUUCGAGCGCCGCAUUCAAGGAGAAAGGCGCCGUCCGGUGAUAGAUGAUGAGCAAAUAUCCUUCUGCCCGUUUGUCUGUACGCUAAAAGUGUGGUGA